AUGUCAUCGGAUCAUGAACGGGAGUUUUCUAAGUAUGUUGCUGAGAUAAGUCGCUCCCAAAGGUGUCAUGUUGCCGAACGUGUAGAAAAAUUAGCCCGACACCAAGGAAAGGCUUGGCAUUACUUUAUUGGAUGCGUGACAUUUUCAACAGUAAGUGCAAUGCUGGUAUUUAAGUUUUGGGGCCCACGUCAUAUUUUUAAAAAUAGUAUGUAUUACGCCAGACCGUUGCCACCAGCUAUUAGUAUGGGUAUUGUUCUUUAUGGUAUCGUUUACACUUGCCGUGGUAUGCUUAUGAGAAACCGAAUAUGUAACAUGAUGGAGGAUUAUGAGUAUGAAUUAAAGCGAAUAAGUGCUCAUCACUGUGAAGAGGGAGUUACACAACUCGCAUGGUUGCAGUUUGUAACUGAUCAAUUAAAACAAUGUGCAGAGCAUCGUUUUGAUUUUAAAAAACUCAGGGAUUCAUAA